UUUCUGUUGUUGACUUACGUUCGCUUUCCCUUUCGGUUUUUCGGAUCUCUGUCGGUUGACAUCCUAAAAGAUGUGCAUCGAUUAUUUAAGUUUCAUAGUCGGUCGUGCGUCGUGACGUCAUUUCUAGUGCGAUUUCUCUUGAGUGUCGGAGUAUUAUUGUGCAGGAGUCGUGAGAGUUGAUCGUCCCCGAUGGAAGCGGCCUUGAACCUACUUAGCUUUACAAGGUAAUUUAUCAAGAGAAAGCAUGAUAUUGAUCGGCAUGCGCGUGGGCAUACGCAUGUUUUCCCGUAAGAAAGACAGUUUAUUAAAGUUAAAAUAGGACACACAGUAAGCAAAAUAAACGGAUUGCAUGCAAAAUUUGAUGACUACUUAAUUUUGAUACCGACGUCUCUGUCUCAGAGUCUAUGUAUGUCUAAUCUUCUAUCAUUAAAGAUUAAGAUUUCUUAGGCAUCAUGACUGUCUCCACUAGUCUUCUCCCGAAUUUCGCUAGUGCGCUGGAUGCCGGGCUCGUAAUGCGUGCUGACGCACCGCUAAGCGGUCACAUAAUAGGAGAUGGAUCUUCUAGCGGGCCAUCUAGUAGAGUUGGAAGCGGGACGAGUUUUGGACGACUUUCCAGUAUGAGAAUAUUGUGCACCGGUUCUUCUUCCGCGGCGUCGAGCAGGAGUUCCAGCGGCAGUUGUGGUACGACCAGAUGGCCUGCUGCGAGGACUGCCUCCAACUCUACGUCCUUUUUGUCCGAAGCCUCUGCGUCCUCGUCCUCCUUCAGAACUCUGACAACGAGCUCUACGUCAUUUUACGCAAAAUUUGAGAAGGUCCCACUGUGUGAGGAUUUGGAUCCCGGUGUUUUGCGUGGUGGAGAGAGUUGCUAUUCCGAUUGUGGUAAGACACGGGUCAAGCAGAAGUGCGAUCGGACUGUGCUAGAAGAUGGCUUGCAAUUUCAAAAAGACGAGGGCUGCCAGAGCAAAGUUGAAUGCAUAGCCGAAAGUCGCGUUCUCUGCAAAGCAGUUGGAGGAGUCAGUAUUAUUUUUACAUUUGUAGUGUUGACAUGAGAUGAAACUGAAAACUUCGAAUGUAGGUAGGUUGUAGUUUUCUAAUCCAUUUUUUAGGUAUAAAUUCUUGUCCGGACGAGCAUGCUUUGUCUUUCUUUCGAUUCGACUUGAAGAUUUUCAUUCUUUUCUAUUCAUCCCCGGAGAAGCCUUUCCGCAUCUAUCUAUCAGGUGAAGCAAGCGUUGGUUUUGUGGCGGUUGUACUAGCGGCGGGCCUUUCCCGUACUUCAGCAAUAUUGACAGGCGAUCAGAAAAUGCUUGAUGAAUGGCCAAGAGAACUUGAACCACGCAAAGAAAGGCCAAAGACAACAGCGAAUUCGCUCCCGGCACCACGAAUACUUUCAUCAAAACAAUUCUGCUCAAAUGAUUUCUUCUGA